AGCCUCUUAAGCUGGCCCUGAGAGUGGAAAUCAAGGCAUGGAAGCUGUUGUUUGGGAAAGAACUUAACAGGAAAUAUCGCAAUAAAAUGGAAGAGGUCUGCAACUUCAUAGAAGACUACAGCAAACGCUUGGCUCGUCCAAUCCGAGAUCUUGAGGAUGUACGAGAGGCUAUGGCUGCUCUUACUGACAUCAGAGAAAACACCAUACAGAUAGACAUGACACUCGGCCCAGUGGAGGAAUCCUAUGCUAUGCUGCAAGAUUUUGGGGUCACCAUUCCAAAGGAAGAGACAGACAAAGUUGACUCAGUCAGAUAUUCCUUCCACAAACUCAUCUCCAGCUCAAAUCAGAUUCAAGAUGAGCUUGUCAGUGUUCAGCCUGGCUUCAAGAGUGAGCUACUCACUUCUGUGGAGGUCUUCCAUAAAGAUGUUUCCGAUUUUGGACUCAAUUAUGACACUGAAGGACCCAUGUGUGAAGGCAUCACUCCAACUGAAGCCAAUGACAGAUUGCAGGCAUUCCAG